GGUUCCAAAAGCCGCGACGGUGGCGGCCUCCCAAUUUAUUUGAAGCCUUGUGGUCACCAUGAAAAACUAUUUUUAGUUCUCAGCGGUGGCCAUCAAAUUGCUGUGGCGCCACUGAAUUCACCACUAAAAUUCGGGGUUUGUACUAUAGUACGUGAAGUGCAAACGUGUUUGUACAUGUCUUAUGGGAAUUUUACAUUAGGUGACACAAAAGGUUUGCAAACUGUGUUCGGGGUGCGUCCGUAGUUGAACAGUUAUGGCUGAUUUUUUCAAUCGCGCUGUCCGCUUUGUUUGUUUGUCUUUUGCAAUCGUUUUUUCCGGGUAAUUUUGUGCAAUUCAGUGCUUUUUUUGGCUCAAUUCUGAUUCAGAUUUAAUCAGCCAGUCUGAGUAUGGAACAAUCUGAAAUGGCAGACGUCAUCUGUGAUUCCAUUAGAUGUCUGGAGACGAAAGUUGAUGGCUUGCAACGAGAAAUGAGGGAGUUAAUUCAAAGCAACAAAGAUCUAAAGAUCGAAUGUAGUGAGUUGAAGGUGAAAGUGGAUGGUUUGAUGGCCAAACAGGGUAAAGUUAACGUGCAGCUCAACUUGCUGAAUAAGUAUAUUGAAGGCGUGAAAUCCUACUUUCCCAUCGAAAACGUGGAAAAGUUGAUGGAGUUGGAGCAGAAAAUGGCUGAUAAUGAAGGAAUCAAAGCUGCUGUUGAAACACAACUUCGACGCCUUUUAAAGCCUGGCGAUAAAGAUUUCUUGCCGAAAGUUGCAAAAAUUGACGUGUUUGAAGAUUUUAAUGUUACGGGAAGGGGAAAGAGAAAAAAUAUCCUGGACCUGAAUAUUUUUAAAUACAGCGCAGAGAUAAUGCGUCUGAAUAGACAUGAGGUAAGACUACAUGUCGAGCGCCAGCAAUCGAAGUUGCGUCAAAAGAAAAUAAGGGCUGAGAAAAGUUCAAGGAUGGAAAACAUAGAAAAUAAUUCACCAGCAGCAGAACAGGAUCAGAAUCUGAAUGUAAAUGAGAGACACAGUGAGGUGACUUCUGAAAUUCCAGACCCAUUUGCAGUGGAGUUUCCUGAGCACAUAGCGCUUCCAUCUAAGUUGCGUAGAAUUUCUUAAAAUAAAUCCGUCGAUCACAUUAUAACGGAUCAUAUUUUAAGAGGAAAUGAUUUUCCUCUUUUCUUCGAAUAUUUUGUUCUCAAAACUUGGUCCAAAAUAAGUAAUAUAAUUUAUACGAUCUUAUUUUCCUAUAUAUCCAUCAAUUCUAAAAUAAACAUUUAAGAUUCAAAUCUCUAAAUAGGUCAUUUAAGCUCUUUUGUAUUCUUUAAUAGAUGUUCAAUUUCAAACUUUCACAUUUCUUUAAACGUAACCUAAACUAUAACAAAUUUGAAAAUAUUUAACUUAAAAAUAUCUAAAUUCUUUAAGUGUUCUGUGAUUUCAAAGUAUAUAAACUUUUCUGUGAUUUUAAAGGUUGUAGCUCAUUCUUUCUCUAAAAUAAGAAAAAUUAUAUACCAGAUUUUAACUCAGAAUAGAAAAUCUACUAUGACACUUAAUUUUUAAAAUUAAUAUUAAAUCUUUCUUUA